UUGGAUGGCAUUGCUUUCCAUAAAUGGGAAAAUCUUUUGUGGCGGCUCACUUAUUACAAACUCCUUCGUUCUCACUGCUGCUCAUUGUGUUAUACAAAAUUACACACAAUUAAUAGUGAAACUGGGAGAAUACGAUGCAUCGACGACUUUGGAUGGUCCAACAUCAAACUUUGGAAUUAAUAGGGCCUUUAAACAUCCAAAUUACGAAAACAAAACUCAUACCUAUGAUAUUGCUCUGCUAAAACUGGAUGGAACAACAUAUUACAACUCUGCAAAAGUGAUGAUGUACGGAAAAGUUUUGAUUACUCUAUCGGUACUCCCAUUUCUCGGGUUAACACAGCUUCUGGACAAUAAGUGUAUACCACCGAAGUAUGCGCCAAGAAUCAUCGGGGGUCAAAAUGCUGGAAGAGCACCUUGGAUGGCAUACUUAAUGCGAAACAGAGCUUUUGUAGGCGGAGGCUCACUAAUUGCAUACCGCUUUGUUCUUACCGCCGCUCAUUGCUCAAAACUGAACGAAACCUUAUUCGUCAGAUUAGGUGAAUAUGACUUAUCCACGACACGGGAUGGCAAAACACAAGAUUAUCGAGCAGUAGAUAUCUAUCGACAUCCAUAUUACAAUGCCGUCACGCAAGUCAAUGAUAUUGCUCUGCUCAAACUGGAUCGUCCUGUGAUAUACACAGCGACAAUCAGACCGAUUUGCAUUCUACUGAGCCCCGGCGUUAGAUUUGUCAUAAACAAAAUCAAGCUCUUUACCGUGACGGGCUGGGGUCAGGCAUCGAGAUACCCUAGAAUGCCAACGAAGCUGCAGCAAAUGACUGUUCGUCGAUACAGCUACUCGCAUUGCUACAACCAGCCGGGAAAACUGUGUGCCAGUAAUCCUGCACAGUUCGCGUGCAAAGGAGACGCGGGGAGUCCUUUGGGCGCUCAGGUGCGAUACAAUGGCACCACCAUCUUUGCCCAAUUCGGAGUGGCCAGCACAUUCACCGACAACUGCAAGGCUUAUGGCAUUUACACCGAUCUUCUAUACCAUACACACUGGAUCGCCGAAACAAUGCAACACAAUUGGUACUAG